AUUCAUAACGCCGAUGCGUCAAACACUCACAGAGCGACUGGCUAUAAAUACGGCUGCGCGCAACGCACAGUUAGACAUCUUCCCAAAUUCAAACGAAAGGCACAGAGCAGCAACCGUGGGAAUCCGGUCCGACGUCUUUCCAUUUGCAAAUUCUCUCUAAACUGCUCUGCAUUUAAUAUUCCACAUUUAAUACUCAGAUCAUGUUGGCUAUGCGUGGAUUGAGACUCGCCGCGGUGGCAGUAGCUGUAUGUUUGUUGCUCGUCACGUUGACGCUAGGGUCGCCGGUGGUGGGGUCAGAACCCAUCCGAUGCGCCCCGUGUACCCCGGAGCGGCUGAGCCAGUGUCCGGUGGUGGCGCCCGGCUGUGCCGAGGUGCGGCGGGAGCCGGGCUGCGGAUGCUGCCUCGCCUGCGCCUUGAAGGCGGGGGAGCUGUGCGGGAUCUACACGGCGCCGUGCGGCUCCGGACUCAGAUGUACACCGAGACCCGGCGACCCCCGGCCGUUGCAUUCCCUCACACGCGGACAGGCUGUCUGCACAGAGAGCGCUGCGCCGGCGCCCACCCCGGAGCCCCAGACCCAAGAUCAUGGAGAGCCAGACGCGGAGAUGGACAACUCAGCCAUCAUCGGUUCCAGCUACCUCCCCGGUCUCCCCUUUGACCCGCGGACUGUGGCCGAGGCUCAGGAAAGCAUGAAAGCCAAACUCAUCGCCAUUCGCAAGAAACUGGUGGAGCAGGGUCCUUGUCACCUGGAGCUGCUGACUGCUUUGGACAAGAUUGCCAAAUCUCAAGAGAAACUAGGAGAUAAAUUCACUAGAUUCUACCUACCCAACUGUGACAAGCAUGGCCUUUACAAACCCAAACAGUGCGAAUCCUCUCUGGACGGACAGAGGGGUCGAUGUUGGUGUGUGAACACCUGGAACGGCAAGAAGCUUUUAGGUUCCAGCGACCUGCCUGCAGACGCCGAGUGUCCUUAAAGAGAUAGCUUGAGGCUGAUCUCACACAGAAAGAGAGAAAAAGAAGAAGAAAAAAAACAAAGAAGCAAGCCACUAUUUUUUCCUUUUUUUGGGUAGCUGUUUAUUUAUUGACCUUGUCCAUGGUGGUGUUUAAUUCAGGUACACUGUCAUUAUGGGACUAUAGGUUCCAACCACCCUGAACCCCAACCUCCCUUUCUCUACAAACUCCCAUCCCAAAGACACAAAGAAAAUCUAUUUUUGUUUUUCUGUAAAGGAGAUUUUAAUGUUGAUGUAUUUACAUUCUGGUCUAUAGCCUUAUUUAUUUCAUUGUUUUUUUUAUUUUUUAUUUGUAAUUAUUCAUGAGUAUUUAUAUCUUUUGCCUUAUUGUUAUUAUAUUAUUAUUAUUUUUAUGCGUGUAUAAAGUGUGUAUAUGGAUCUUGGCCCCAUAGCUCCACAGCUGAGUUGAGCUCGCUCUACCCUUAAGGAGCUGUCUGGAGGUUUGGUUUCAGAAAAAACAAGCAAGAAUAAAAGCACUGAGCGACCAAAUCUUGUUUAGAAGUUUUUCAAAAUGAUCUUCUUAUUCUUUUUCACCUUACUGCCAUUUUUAUGUCUUUUCUAUUAUAAUUUUUUUGUUUUUUCCUGGUAUGAUACAUCAGUUUCAGUAAGUCAAUGCAAAAUCUCUCAGUUGGGAAUCCUCUAUACUCUCAGAAAUCAUUUCCCAUGGUUCCAUGGGGCUGCAGAUAGUGUGAUGGGUGGCAAUUCUCCUGUGCCGCCUCUCAGACGGGUAUCUCUACAUUAACCUACCUCCAAUAUUUACAUGUCUGCUGUCAUUUUUGUCAUAUUUCUGUCCUCUUUGACCACAAGGCCACAAAGAGUGAGCCGCUUGACUCGGCUCUGUAUACAUGCUGCUGUCGGAGAGAGAAUUGUAUUGUAUGUGGAUCUAUUCCAAAGUUACUAACUCUGUAUGUACACUUUUGUUACUGAGAUGUAAUGUAAAAAAAAAAGGUGAUAUAUUUAAUAAAAACAUUAAUCUCA